ACAAUCAAAAUCUAAUAAACACAAUUAAUUUCUUCAAAAUUUAUAAUUUAUCAUUAUUAUCUAAUUUUGAUAAAAAAAAAUCAUUAUUAUCUAAUAAAAAUGCAUGAAAAUAUAAAAAAUGUACAACUUUUUUUUUUCUUUUUAAACACUGAUCAUUUUGAAGCAAAUGGAGUAAUAAUUAGUUCAUCAAAAGGAUGGCCUUCUAAGUUUUUAGUAGUGGUCCAAUCCUUCCAAACAUCGUAGAUGUCUCAGAGGUUGGUUGUAAUAGGACGGCUUUGGAACCUAACCUUCUGUGACUCGUGGAGUCUUCACUUCCAAUAUGCCAAACUCAAAUUACCUAUAAUGGUCACCGGUAUCCGCCUUUUAUAGCACGACUUCUCCAUUCAUCUCUCUCACAGAAUUUUAGGAUUUUUAACAGAAGCAAAGUCAUAACGCUUAUUAUGCAAACUUCUACGAGAUGCUGAGCAGGGCUGUUCAGUUGGAAGAAGGUAAAGAACUUCUUGUUACAUGUGGCCGGACAGGGCUAAAUAAGGCGUUUCCUAUCAAUCUGCUUCUUCUGCUUGUAUUUUUUCUAGCUUUUUCAGUUGCUUUCAUCAUCGUUACUGUAUCUACAAUCAAGUAUUAUGGAAUCAAUAGCGUGGUGACCUCAGUCACUUCUAGCUUCGUGCCUUGCAGUGAGAAACCGAAUGUUUUGGAUAGAUGGAUUAAACCUCCUCUAGCUCUCAUGCAUAAUAUGAGCGAUGAAGAGCUUCUUUGGCUGGCCUCUUUCAUGCCUCAGAGGAAAGACUAUCCGUUUAAUAGGGUCCCAAAAAUCGCGUUUAUGUUCUUGACGUUGGGUCCCUUGCCGUUUGCACCGCUUUGGGAGAGGCUUCUCAAGGUUCAUGAAAAGCAUUACUCGGUUUACAUCCAUUCACAAGUAUCUUCUUUGGGCGAGUUUCCAGCUUCCUCUGUAUUCUACAGUCGGCAGAUACCAAGUCAGGUUGCAGAAUGGGGAAGAAUGUCAAUAUGUGACGCAGAGAGGCGGCUUCUAGCAAAUGCAUUGCUAGAUACCUCAAACGAAUGGUUUAUUCUCCUCUCCGAGUCAUGCAUUCCCCUCUACAACUUUACUACCAUCUACGGUUAUAUAAGCAAAUCAAAGCACAGCUUUAUGGGUUCAUUUGAUGAUCCUAGUCCCUAUGGCCGACGAGGCCGUUACAAUGGCCACAUGUCCCCUGAGGUAUCCAUAGAGCAAUGGAGGAAAGGGUCUCAAUGGUUUGAGGUUAACCGUGAGCUUGCAGUUUCCAUUGUCAAAGAUACCUUGUAUUAUCCUAAAUUCAAAGAGUUCUGUACGCCCGCAUGUUACGUGGACGAGCAUUAUUUCCCAACAAUGUUGACGAUUGAGAAACCAGCGGCCUUGGCUAACCGUAGCUUGACUUGGGUAGACUGGUCGAGAGGUGGAGCCCACCCGGCUACAUUUGGAGAGCCAGACAUCAAUGAGGACUUCUUUGCAAGGAUCAUGAAACGUGACAACUGCACUUACAAUGGAGAAAGCACAUCCAUGUGUUCUCUCUUUGCUAGAAAGUUUUCUCCGAGUGCUUUGGAGCCUUUGAUUCAGAUUGCUCCUAAGAUUCUGAGCUUUUGAG